GUUUAGUUCUAGAACCGAAACACUACAAGUUCUUUGUUCACCAUUCUUCUACGCUUUUUGUCACCCCUUUGAUCCGACACUUCUCGACGAAGACGGAUUCCAUUCAACUCGACGGGACUCUCUGUGAGAGUACCCUUAUUUAGCGUUGACUCGAAGCUCCCUCCCCUUCCAGGACGCUUCCGGACUUUUUGUUCUAAAUUUUUUGUUGUUUUCCAUACCAAACACCACCAUCUGCACUUUUCCCAAGUACAUCAAGACUGUACUCUUUCGGAGAUACAGGCACUCGUUCAGCCAAACCAAACAACACCAAAGAAACAGGACAACGAAUAGCAUAAGCCAAAGACGUUCAUUCAUUCAGAAAAAAAGAGAGAAAAAAAGCAAGCAUGCAUCUUCCAACAUUGGUACUACCGCUGCUGCUGGCGGUCCCCUCAGAAGCAGGGCUUAUUUUCAGGAGGACGCCGCAAGAGCGAGUUGUAGCCAGGCAAAAUAGCGUAGCAAGCGGAUUUCAUGAUCCAAACCUGCUCGACUCAGGGGCAUCCACAUCUGCAGCUCCAGCGAAAGCCCCUUCAACUACAGAGGUCUUCUUUGAGUUUCCCAUCCAACCCUCGGACAAUGCCGUUGCUUCGACGGAUGAGGCUUCUUCUACCACACCUACUACUGCGGCGGUGACGACCACAUCGCCUUUGUCGACAACUCCUGCUCUCGGCACCCCAACGCCAACUUUCUCGCGUACCCUCAACCUAGGCAGCCUGGGACCAGCCCCACAACCCGAGAGUGGUGCUGCCGUCCUGCCAACGACCUUUGCAUCAUCGGCCUCAACCACAGUUGCAGGCACUACUAACACUAGCACAGCGUCGACGACGGCGUCUCCUAGCACGACGCUGCUAACGACUGCAACUGCGCAAAACGGCACCACUGACAUUACCACAGCGUUGCCGUUGACGUCUCCUAGUACGACACCAUUGACUACUACCACUGCGCAAAACACAACAGAGGCGGCUACUCCAGUCACUUCAACGACUGCCAGGAUCAGGACUACGCCAGUCACUGAUGCCGCCACCACAGCCAGGACCACUCCGGUAAAUGGAACGACUGCCACGGUCAGGACUUCUUCAGACGUAGAGAGCUCCUCAGACAGCACUACUGUUCUUGCGACUGGCAACUCUACGGCGCUGCCAUCGACGGCCAGAGUCAGUGUCGAAACAACAACCGUGUAUGUUACCCUGAGGCCGUCGACAGAACUGUCGACAGGGCCGACCAAUACUUUGAUCGCGCCGACCGAAGCCGAGUCGACUGUGACUCUAGUCGUCACCACGCCCACGGUCUUCGUGACAGUAACCCCAACUCCCACCGACUCUGCAUCAGCUGGGACACCUUCCACCCAGUCCGUCUCGCCGCCAGCAUCUCAGGCGCCGACAACUGUUUUGCGUCAAAACACAGAGAUUCCUACUGGAACCCCCAACGCCCGGGUACCGACAGCCAUCUUCAUGGUGAAGAUCCCCACAGCCUCAGCCACGGCCACAGUCUCGCCUACCGACUACCAGACCAACAUGCGCUACGCCAGGAACUACAACCAGUUGUCCAGCACACUCGACGAGAAGUCGGCGUGCACCUCGGGACAAACUGCCUGCAUCGCCGGCGAUUUGCACGUCUGCGAAGACAACCGCUACCAAAUGUGGCAGGAUUGCACUUCCAAGCAGCUCAGCUGCUUCGGUUUGCCCAUGAACACCACCCUCGGCAUCUUUGUCGACUGCUAUGAGCCUUCCUUUGCCAGCUCGGUUUUGGGCGGCGCGGCCGGCAGGCCUCCGUCGUUGCCGUCGUCUUCGACGUCUUUGUCUUCAACUGCAGCGGCGAACACUACUGCCACUGCUGCUAUACCUGCAACUACUCCCACAACCACAACGACGACGGUUCCCCCUCCUCCACCAACCCCGUCGUCAAGCACAAAGACCCCGACCCCAACCACAACCACAGUCACCACACCCCAAACACCAACAACAACAACCCCAUCCUCAUCUUCGCCUCCACCCCCCUCGCCAACGCCUUCUACCACAAAGGCAGCGACUACGACUGAGACGCCUACCUUUACGACUUCGACCUACUCCAAGACCCACACGGCCGAGUUCAUCGAAGUCACCGUAAUCUCACACCACAAGCCAAAGACCACCGCGACAUAACCUAGUGCCAAGGAUGCCGUCGAAACAUCAAGCUGGGCUGAUGUUGGGGGAUCCGGUGCUGGGUAUGCUAGUCUGUCCCUGGCCGGAUGAGUCUUGUGGUAGUGUGUUCCC